GUCGGGUUCGUCCCUCGCAACUCCCUCUGAAAAACUGAGCCCUUCGUUAAAAAAAAGAAAAGAAACUGAGCCCAGGUUCGCUGCCCAGUCCCCUCCUCCGAUGGCGGCUGCGACGGCGGCAGGAGCAACCGCCGCGGCCGCCGCCAUAUCCCUAUUCGCAUACUACCUCCUCCUCCACAAGAGCGGCUCCAAGUUCCCAUGGUCCCGCACGACCGGCGCGAGCGGCCGGAGGACGAGGCGGAAGGGCCUUGUGGAGGCCAUCGGCAACACGCCUCUCAUCCGCAUCAACAGCCUCUCCGACGCCACAGGUUGCGAGAUUCUGGGAAAGGCCGAGUUUCUGAACCCGGGAGGCAGCGUGAAGGACCGCGUGGCAGUAAAGAUCAUCGAGGAGGCUCUGAAAUCUGGGGAUCUUGUCUGUGGUGGUGUAGUAACAGAGGGGAGCGCUGGAAGUACAGCUAUUAGCCUGGCCACUGUUGCUCCUGCUUAUGGCUGCAGAUGCCAUGUUGUUAUCCCUGAUGAUGCUGCUGUUGAGAAGUCUCAAAUCAUUGAGGCACUUGGAGCUAUCGUGGAGCGAGUGCGCCCUGUUUCAAUCACUCACAGAGACCAUUUUGUCAACAUUGCAAGAAGAAGGGCUUUAGAAGCAAAUAUAGCAUCGACACAAAUAGAAUCGAAUGACAGACAAACUAACGGCUCAGCAUAUGUCAAAACUAAAAUGCUGCACACCAAACAAACUAACGGUUCAGCACAUGCCAAUACUGAAUUAUCAUCCACUGGGAAAUAUUGUCCUAUUUCUGAUUCAAAGGGCGGUUUCUUUGCUGACCAAUUUGAGAAUUUGGCUAACUAUCGAGCCCAUUAUGAAUGGACCGGUCCUGAGAUAUGGGAGCAAACUAAAGGGACCAUUCAUGCGUUUGUUGCUGCAGCUGGUACUGGUGGUACAAUUGCUGGAGUCUCGCGAUAUCUUAAGGAGAAGAACAGAAAUGUACAAUGCUUUUUAAUGGACCCACCUGGAUCUGGUCUGUUUAAUAAGGUUACUAGAGGGGUUAUGUAUACAAAAGAGGAGGCUGAGGGCAAAAGGCUGAAGAAUCCUUUUGACACUAUUACUGAAGGAAUUGGAAUCAACAGGGUGACAAGAAAUUUUAUGAUGGCAGAACUGGAUGGAGCUUACCGAGGAACAGAUAGAGAAGCUGUCGAGAUGUCUAGGUUCCUGUUGAGAAAGGAUGGACUAUUUCUCGGGAGUUCUUCUGCCAUGAAUUGUGUUGGGGCUGCAAGAGUUGCCCAGGAUUUAGGUCCAGGACAUACAAUUGUGACAAUUCUCUGUGACAGUGGGAUGAGGCAUCUAAGCAAGUUUUUCAAUGAUGAAUAUUUGGCUAAUCAUGGCUUGACGCCAACAGCUACUGGUCUGGAAUUUCUGGAUCAGUGAGAAGGCUUCACAGGGAUUGUGUAUUUUCACAAAUUUUGUCAUAUUGUGAAGUCUAGCUCGAGGAGGGUGAACAUUGUGCUGAAACAUUCCAUCUAGCAGGUGAACUGCUGGCUCCACAUUAUCGAACUGGAGCACCUCAAGUUUUAUGUCACCCUUAUUGAAUAUUCCUCGGAAAGAUAUAGUGAUGGGAUAGCCAACCCUGUUUCUUAUUUUUUUCUUCGGGCUAUUUACACAGCUUAAGUCGCCAAUCCUUUGUAGUAUUGCUAACUACUGGCUCUUGGUUUUGUCUUUUGUGAGUUGACAGCAGAUAAGCAUGCUAGAUCAAGUUUUGCUUCCAUGUGUA